ACCUUUAAAAUACCCUUGUGCUGAAUUUGUUCUGUCACGACGCUGCUCCUAGCCUGUCGGGGAGCAUUUUGGGGUCCCUCGGGGGUGCCUUCUACACCCCCGGAGCACGACUGGGUCCGGGAGCCGAGCCGGGGGCAGGGAGCCAGGAUCCGCACCGACACCCCCGGGAAGGGGACACCCAGACCUGGGACACCCCCGGCUCCGCGGCCGUGCCGCCCUCCCGCCGGUGCGGCGGAGGCGGCGGGGAGGCCGAGCCUGCGGUGAGUGACAGCGGCGGGGCUUCCUGCGGCUGAGCGGCGGCAGUGCUCGAGCCUUUGUGUGCGGGAGGGCAGGGGGAGCCCCUCGGCCCCGGAGGAAGAGGAGGAGGAGGAGGAGGAGGAGGAGGCUGCGCUGCGGAUACCGGCGGGGGAGCCCCUUCCUCCGGGAGGGCAGAAGAAAGCCGCCGCCGUGCCGGCCCCACAAGGCAGGUCUGUUUACUGUUUACAAGCCUGAAGAUGGCUGCUGCUUCUUCCUGCAAUGUGGAAGAAGACGAGAGCCUGAAGGGAUGCGAACUCUAUGUUCAGAAGCACAACAUCCAACAGAUUUUAAAAGAAUGCAUUGUAAAUCUUUGCAUAGCAAAACCAGAUCGACCCAUGAAGUUCCUCAGAGAACACUUUGAAAAAUUAGAAAAGGAAGAAUGCAAACAAAUACUGGCCCGGCAGAAAUCCAGUUCCCAGUCUGAUUCUCAUGAUGACGAGAUUUCCCCUCCUCCUCCCAACCCAGUGGUAAAAGCCCGACGCAGGAGAGGAGGGGUCAGCGCAGAGGUCUACACGGAGGAAGAUGCCGUUUCUUAUGUUAGAAAGGUUAUUCCAAAGGACUAUAAGACUAUGACUGCUCUGGCAAAGGCCAUCUCCAAGAACGUACUCUUUGCUCAUCUUGAUGACAAUGAACGAAGUGACAUAUUUGAUGCCAUGUUUCCCGUUACCCACAUCGCAGGAGAAACGGUCAUACAACAGGGUGACGAAGGAGACAACUUCUACGUGAUUGACCAAGGCGAGGUGGAUGUUUAUGUCAACGGAGAGUGGGUCACCAGCAUCGGAGAAGGAGGUAGCUUCGGGGAGCUGGCACUGAUCUAUGGUACACCCAGGGCUGCCACGGUCAAGGCCAAGACAGAUCUCAAGCUCUGGGGCAUCGACAGAGACAGCUACAGACGCAUUUUAAUGGGCAGCACACUGAGAAAGCGGAAGAUGUAUGAAGAAUUCCUGAGCAAGGUCUCCAUUUUGGAGUCCCUGGACAAAUGGGAGCGGCUGACAGUGGCUGAUGCACUGGAACCUGUCCAGUUUGAAGAUGGAGAAAAAAUUGUUGUGCAGGGAGAGCCUGGUGAUGACUUUUUCAUUAUUACAGAGGGCACAGCUUCCGUUCUCCAGCGCAGGUCUGAUAAUGAGGAGUACAUUGAAGUGGGAAGACUUGGACCAUCAGAUUAUUUUGGUGAGAUAGCAUUAUUGCUCAAUCGGCCCCGGGCUGCUACGGUGGUGGCACGUGGACCCCUGAAGUGCGUAAAGCUCGACCGGCCCCGCUUCGAACGAGUGCUCGGUCCUUGCUCUGAGAUCCUCAAGAGAAACAUUCAGAGAUACAACAGUUUCAUUUCACUCACUGUCUAAAUGAUUCCUUUGGGAAAGCUGCCUUUGUGUGACCUUGUGCACUUAAAUUUGCUCUGUGCAGCUCCAUAGCUUUAUAAAGAAAAAAAUAAAAGGUGUGCAUUUCAUGUGUAUUUUUUCUGUUAUGUCAUGCACUGGAUGUCAGUUCAAAUAUUAUGUAUCAUUUAAGAAAGAAGACAACUGUUUGGAUAAGACUAGCUUGGGGGUACCGUGCAGGGAAGAUUAGGCUUUUGGCUUGCAGGCAAGAUUUUUACCUGUUGUUGGAUCAUAUAGAUAAAACUGUGUUUUUAACUAUUUAAACUACAUAUGAAUGUCUGUUUCCCCAUUAUCUUACACCCACCCUUAAAGUUGGUUUUAUUCACCUUUUGUAAGCUUCUUUGGUAAAGUGAUGUCCCUCUGCCUGUCACUUCUAAAAGCCUUUUCACUGCUUAUGGACUGGAGGUUUCUGAAAUCCAUGUGGUCAGUGACAGUUGCACAAUUUAAGAGGGAAGGUUAGAGAAAGGUUUUGAUCAUUCCAGUAAGCCAAGGAAAAGUAGAACUUUUGAGUCACCUUGUUUGUGGUUUAGAAAUAGGGGCCAUAUUCCUCUGUGUUACAGUCCUUUCAAGUCUGCUUUGUAGCUCUGAGGGUGUGCUAAGGCAAACAGGCUGCUCCAGUCUUCUGGGUAAGGAGUUCAAGGAGCAAUGUUUUGUAAGAAAUCAGAUGAAGCCUUUAGGAGCUAAGGUAUCCAACUUCACCUUUUUUAGAUGAGGGUUUGCAUUAAAUCCCUUAAAAGUCAAUGGGACCUUCUUCACUUAACUAAGCGGGGCUUUGUAACACAUUUAUCUGCACCAGAGUGUCCUCAGCCACUUCUCCGAAUAUUAUGUGAAAUACUUAAGAGAUAAUGGCAGCUGUACAUCAGCAGUUUGAUAGGACUCUUUUAUGUAGGGUCCACUUAAUUAAAGUCAAAUCCUUUUUUUUUAAAGUAUAUGACCAGGAUUCUCUGAAAGCCACAUACUUGCUCCAAAAUGCUGCCUCUCCUCCAGAAGACACAUAUUACAAAAAAAAAAACACCAGGAACCUGCAACAAGCCCCAUGUGGGUGCAGCCUUGCUGGCAGCUGUGUCUGUGUAGACAUGGGUCUCCUCUUGAAUGGGGCUUUUUGCAGAGCCAGACCUUACUCUGCUCUGCAGCCCCCCAAGGUGGGAUCAGUUAGAUUACUCUUUGGGGAAGCUUUUCCUUUGAAGGAAAACUUCUCUUUGCUAACAACAGCAAACCUCUGCAUCUCAGCUACUCUAAAUGGCACUGCCCACUUUUCAGUUGCAGCAAAAUUGUAUUUAUUCUUUGUGAUAACAUUACUCUGAGUAAAUAUGAACUUUCCGUACCUUUUACACGCCAAAAGUUACAUAAUGAAAUAAGGCAGAAAUCUUCCUUUUGAAACUAGAGGUGUUAAGAACAUGUCUAGAAUUACUCAUACUGGUGUGUAAUUUGUUCUCCUUUUUGGAGUUAACAAAAUAUAAUUUGGGAUUUUCCUACUGAUUCCCACCAAGAAGGCUCUUGGGACCCAAUAUUCCAGUACCUGCCCACAGUGGUUUUUACAGAGCUAACUGCUCCUUGACUUCAGAGUCUAAGUCCUCCCAUGAUUUCAAGGUGCUCAAUUUAUUUCAGCAUAUUUUCAGUGGUCCUGUCAUUGUAUAUCAGUUGCUACUAUUUAUUAUGAUUAUGUUAUGCUCCUUGCAUGUAUCAAAUAUGACCAUUCACGUUUUUCAACCUUGCAGUUUUAUGACAUACAUUUAUAUAGGCAGACGCCCAUUAUAUAUCUCAAUAAAUGUAUAAGCAUUUGC